AUGAAUUUCAAAGAAAAUAGUGUUUUUGUUACAGAGAUUUUUUUAGCGAAAAAUGCAAAUAAAAAUGACUAUUACUUUAAACAAGAUAUAAAUAAUACGUUAGUUAAAUUAGCUAAUAAAGGAGAAUUAAAUAGAUGUAAAAUUCCAAAAGUACAAUCAAUUAAAGGAUGGAUAAGUAGAUAUUCUAGACAGGCUUCAGAAAACUAUGGAGAAGUUUCUGAAAGUAAUAAAAGACUGAAAGUGUAA